AUGCCAUUAUGUGAUAUAUUACCAACAGCUUAUCUAUCACUUCUUUAUAGUUUACAUAUUUUAAAUACGGAUGAAUUUCUUGCUGAUAAUCCAUUUUAUGAUUGUGAGACUUUAAUGAAAUCAAUUGGUAAAUAUUCACAAUUAUAUAAAUUAUUGCCAGGUAUUUCUAUUUAUUCAAGUAUAUCAUCUUUGUUCACAGUUGUUUCGAAAAUUCAAAAUCUUUUAAAACUUUUAUAUGAUACAUCACCCGAAUAUAAUCGAAAAUAUUCAUUUGUACGUCGUUAUGAACUUGAUUCACAAUUAACUGAAUUAAAAGGUUUUCAAAAUGAUUUAUUAUCAAGUAAAGAACGAUUAAAUCAUGAUCUAUCGAAUCUUUAUUCAAAAGAUAUUAUUGAUGAAUGGUUUGAUCUUUAUGUAAUACCAAUAGAAAAUCAAAUGUGUAAGGCAUAUAUUGACUUUUCACCUGUAUUUAAUAUAACAUCAUGGGUACGACGACCACUUAUCUAG